CGCUCUUUGUACCGGAUUAUUGUCGCUCGUGGCGAGCGCGAGCCGUUCCUCUCUGACUUUCUUCGCUGCUGCUGUGUGGUUCGGACUAUGGCCUCGGACCCCCGACGCCCAGGGGCCGGUGGGUCUGGAGAUUCCCCACGUUACACGCGUUCCACGCCGCCUGUGCGCGCCGAGCUCCCGCGGAGACCCGGUUACUGCCGCCGCUUUUGCGCUGAACACAUUUCUAAGGGCAAGGCUUCGGGACACAACGCCCCGCUGUGGCUCCGAUCCAGCGUCCAGGUGCUCCUCUUCUCUCUGGGCUGCCACAUUCAGCGGCAUUGUGGGAAAGUCCUUUUCGUCGGCCUGCUGGUGUUCGGAGCCCUGUCGGUGGGUUUACGCGUGGCCGCCAUCGAGACAGACAUCGAGCAGCUCUGGGUGGAAGUUGGCAGUAGGGUGAGUAGAGAACUGCAUUACACUAAAGAGAAGCAGGGGAGGAGACUGUGUUCACCGUCACAGAUGCUCAUACAGACACCCAAGCAGGAAGGAAGCAACAUUCUUACCCAGGAUGCUUUGCUGCUGCACCUGGAGGCAGCUCUAUCCGCUAGCAAGGUCCAGGUGUCACUUUAUGGAAAAUCCUGGGACCUUAACAAAAUCUGUUUCAAAUCAGGCGUCCCAAUCAUAGAGAAUGUGAUGAUCGAGAGGAUGAUUGACAAGCUCUUCCCCUGUAUGAUCAUCACUCCUCUGGACUGUUUCUGGGAAGGAGCCAAACUACAGGGAGGCUCCGCCUACUUACCGGGCAUGCCCGACAUACAGUGGAUGAACCUGGACCCUCUAAAGCUCAUGGCGGAGCUGAGUCAGUUCACGUCUCUGGAGGGCUUCAGGGAGAUGCUGGACAAGGCGCAGGUGGGCCACGGUUACAUGAACCGGCCCUGCCUGGACCUCAGCGACCCAGACUGCCCCCUCAGCGCACCCAACAAGGAGCAGCAGCAGAGCCCAGACAUCGCAGCGGAGCUCCAGGGAGGUUGCCACGGCUUCUCCAGGAAGUUCAUGCACUGGCAGGAAGAACUCAUCAUGGGGGAACGAAGGAAGAACUCUCAGGGAUCUUUGCAGAGCGCCGAGGCCCUUCAGACCAUGUUUCUCCUAAUGAGCUCCAAGCAGCUGUACGAGCACUUUAAGGAUGACUACGAGAUCCAUGACCUCAACUGGAACGAGGAGAAGGCCACGGCCAUCCUGGAGGCCUGGCAGAGGAAGUUUGUUGAGGUUGUCCAUGGGAGCAUUCCACAGAACUCCACAUCCAACGUCCACGCGUUCUCCACCACCACGCUCAACGACAUCAUGAAGUCCUUCUCCGACGUCAGCGUCAUCAGAGUGGCAGGGGGCUAUUUGCUCAUGCUGGCGUACGCGUGCGUCACCAUGCUCCGCUGGGACUGUGUGCGGAGUCAGGGGGCCGUAGGGCUGGCCGGGGUCCUACUGGUGGCCCUGUCUGUGGCUGCAGGCCUGGGUCUAUGCUCCCUGCUGGGGCUCUCAUUCAACGCUGCCACUACGCAGGUGUUGCCCUUCCUGGCACUGGGAAUCGGUGUGGACGACAUGUUCCUGUUGACGCAUUCCUUCACCCAGACAGGCUCCAAUGUCCCCUUUAAGGAGCGGACGGGAGACUGUCUCAGGAGGACUGGCACUAGCGUGGCCCUCACCUCCAUCAACAACAUGAUCGCCUUCCUCAUGGCUGCAUUGGUGCCUAUUCCUGCCCUACGGGCGUUCUCACUGCAGGCUGCGGUUGUGGUGGUCUUUAAUUUCGCGAUGGUUCUUAUCGUCUUCCCUGCUAUUCUGAGUCUGGACCUGCACCGGCGUGAGGAGAAACGUCUGGACAUCCUCUGCUGUUUCUACAGUCCUUGCACCUCCCGGGUGAUCCAGAUCCAGCCUCAGGAGUUCUCUGACGCCAGUGAAAGCCACACACGUGACCCGGCUCCGCCCACCUUGGCCGGCCCCACCAUCUCCACGAGCACGCACAUCACCACGACGGUGCAGACCUUCACGCAGUGCGACGCCACCGGCCAGCACAUCGUGACCAUCCUGCCCCCCACCUCACAGAUCUCCACGAGCCCGCCCUCGGUGGUUCCGCCCCCACCCGACCCGUACGGCUCCCGGCUCUUCACGCCGGCCGGCUCCACCCGUGACCUGCUGGCCCAGGGUGAGGAGGCGCGGCCCCGCGGCUCCGAAUGCACCCCCCUGCCGUUCCUGCGUUGGAACCUGUCCCGCUUUGCGCGGGAGCGCUACGCCCCGCUACUACUGAAGCCCCAGGCAAAGGCCGCAGUGCUGGUGACCUUCGUGGCCCUGCUGGGGCUCAGCCUGUACGGGACCACCAUGGUGCGGGAUGGACUCUACCUGACAGACAUCGUGCCCCGCGACACGCGGGAGUAUGACUUCAUCUCGGCGCAGUUCCGCUACUUCUCCUUCUACAACAUCUACCUGGUCACCACGGGCGGCUUCGACUACACCCGAUCCCAGAGGCAGCUGGCGCAGCUACAUGGCGCCUUCAGCACCGUCAAGCACGUGGUGCGGGGCAGUGGUGGGGAAUUACCCCGCAUGUGGCUGCAUUACUUCCAGGACUGGCUCAGAGGCCUCCAGGCGGCGUUCGAUGCUGACUGGGAAUCUGGCAGGAUCACCAGGGACAGUUACCGUAAUGGCACAGAGGAUGGAGCGCUAGCCUACAAGCUUCUCAUUCAAACUGGCUCUAAGAAAGAGCCCUUAAACUACAGCCAGCUGACGUCCCGGCGUCUGGUAAGCGAGGACGGUCUGAUCUCCGCGGAGGUCUUCUACAUCUACCUGACCGUGUGGGUCAGCAACGACCCGCUGGGCUACGCGGCGUCGCAGGCCAACCUGUACCCACACCCACCCGAGUGGAUCCACGACAAGUACGACACCACCGGCGAGAACCUGCGCAUUCCGGCCGCCGAGCCUCUGGAGUUCGCCCAGUUCCCCUUCUACCUGAACGGCCUGCGGCAGGCGUCGGACUUCGUGGAGGCCAUUGAGAGUGUGCGCUCCAUCUGUGAGGAGUUUGCGCGCGAGGGCGUGCACAGCUACCCCAACGGAUACCCGUUCCUCUACUGGGAGCAGUACGUCAGGCUGAGGCACUGGUUCCUGCUGGCCGUCAGCGUGGGGCUGGCGUGCACCUUCCUGGUGUGUGCCCUGCUCCUGCUCAACCCCUGGACAGCUGGUAUCAUCGUCUUUAUCUUGGCCAUGAUGACGGUGGAGCUCUUUGGCAUCAUGGGGCUGAUGGGUAUUAAACUGAGCGCCAUCCCUGUUGUCAUUCUGAUCGCCUCCGUCGGCAUCGGGGUGGAGUUCACCGUGCACGUGGCCCUGGGCUUCCUGACCGCCAUCGGAGACAGGAACACGCGCUCGGCCCUGGCGCUGGAGCAGAUGUUUGCGCCUGUGAUGGACGGUGCCAUCUCCACCUUCCUGGGCGUGCUGAUGCUGGCUGGCUCGGAGUUUGACUUCAUCAUGAGGUACUUCUUUGCGGUCCUCACUAUCCUGACGCUGCUAGGAGUCCUAAAUGGCCUUGUCCUGUUGCCGGUUCUGCUGUCCCUCGCUGGCCCUCCGGCCGAGGUUGCCCCUGGCGACGCCAGCACCUGGCUACCCAGCCCUUCGCCUGAGCCUGUGCCCCCGCCCAUGACCCACCAUGGCUACUACAGCGGCGCCACACCCAGAGCUCGGAGGCAAGCCUUCGCCGAGACCUCGGACUCUGAGUACUACUCUGAGACCACCACCACGUCUGGGAUCAGCGAGGAGGACUACAAGCAUGGCGACAGGAACGUUUACACGGCGUCCCCCGCCCAACCGUCGACCUCGCUCGUCCUGAUGCAGUCCAGCCCCGUUCCCGGCGCCCCCACACUCACGGUGGUGAAAACUUUCGGCGAAGGCCCAGCCGCAGUGGGACUUGCGGGUCCCGUCAAGGCGUCUCAGGACGCCGUGAACUCUGUUUGCUCGCGGAUCACGCGGUGGGACAGAAAGCUGGAGCAGCGGGGACUCAGGACGCAACAUUUGCCCAGCGACAGGACCCCCUGUCCAGGGAGGACUACUCACUGUGGCUCCAGGCCUCAGCAGGCCAGAGGGCCGCAGCCGAACAGGACUAAAGCACUGCAGGGCUCUGGCGACGCGGUCACCAUGGUGACAGCUACGGCCUCAGUGACUGUGGCUGUGCACCCCAGUCUGCCGGGGUCGUACCAGGCGUACAUGCACGAGGGAUUCGAGGACAGCGAAUCAGACUCUUUCGAGGACUCUAUAAGGACUUCCCAGACUUCCACACGGGCUGCUCGGCCCUCCCGCAGAGAUUCUCUGGAACUUCAAGAUCUGGAAUCUCCAGUGAAGAACCAGCAUCAAGCUACCCAGGCUCGAGGUGAUACACGGAUCCAAGCAGCCAAAGAUUGCUAGACACCCCUCACACACACACACACACACACACACACACACACACACACACACACACUUCCACAUCCCUGUCUGGAACCUCUGCCUGCCUUAAGAUGUCCCCAGCCUCAGUCCUGCCUUUCUGAACUGAACGUAGACCUCACAGACGAGGAUUUAUUUAAAAUAUAUUAAAAAAAGGUCUUGUUUUAAUAUUAUAUUUACAUUUAUAAAUCUAUAUAUAUUUUAAUACUAAAAGAGAGGGAAAGCUAUUUAAGAGUACUGUAUAACUUGUAUUCUCUUAUAUAAAAGUCAGAGGUAUAAGAGGAUUUGAGAUAUUGUUUCCUCCUUUGUAUAGACUAAGAAAUGUGUUAUAUGUCAAAUUCAGAGAACUGAAAUGUUAUUAGUUUAUUAAAAAUGCAAAGGUCAGUGUUCAUUUUCUUUUUUUUUUUUGCUGCUACAGGACAUCCUAUUUGAGAUGAUUAGCCUUGAGAAUAUGCAGUACCCCCUCCUCAACAUAAGCUAUACCUUUCAGUGGGCGUGUCCUCAUGCACCGUAGCCCCUCCCCUCUUAUUGGCUCUGUUGUCGCUGUAACCUGCACAAGCCAACAGACCCUCCCAUCGUCGUAUUUGCAUCUCUGCACAAAGCUGAUUCUUUAAAGUCCUUCACUGUUUCUCUUAUUUUUGCUUCCACUCUUAUUUUUUGCAUACCUUCGGUAACCAUGCGUUACCAUGGUAACCAUGGUGUUCGGUGGCCCGCUCUCUGCUGUCCUACCCGCGUGAUGGACACGUGGCGUCCUCUCCUACGAGGGCUCGUCCAUAAACGUGCGUUCCCGCCAUCUCCUGGGGCUUCUCAGGACUGCAGACAGCCGUGUGCGUUCGGGUCUCUGGACCUUUACAUCUCCAGUCAUGGAGGGAUGUGGACUCUGUCCUUCUGAGGCUUUCAGCGUUAUACUGAGGACAGGUCUCCCUCGACAGCCAUUGGAGACGUCAAUGUUAGAAACUGGCGGGUUACCUAAAUGUAUUUCAUAAAGGGUCUUUUAUUUAUGUGCAAAGGGAGGGUGAUGUUCCCCUCCUGUGUCUGGUGUUGGCUGCUGUAGGCAUGAUUGCUGAAGUACUGUGUAAUGCUGGAUUAGGUCUGGACCUCCCACUGCUCCAGUGAGUCCAGCUGACUGUCCUAGGUCUCAUCCAAGCCAGUAUUUCAUCCCUGUCAUGCGUGUCUCUUGGACAGAGCUCAACUUUUCGGUACUGGUCACAACAACACUACCAGAUUAAAUCCAGAGAACCAGAUUAGAUUUGAUUGGCAGCUUCGAUUUUCUUUUCUUUUCUUUUCUUUUUGUGGUGACAGAACUAGUAACUCUAGCUACUGACACGACAAGAACACACAACCGCACACGGCACAGCGCACGCGUGUCCGCAAAGUUCACACAUGACGACCACGACAGAGAUAAAAGAUCGUCGGGGAGGGGAUCCUGCAUACAGAUGGAGUUAUAUUUCAAAUGUAUGUCAUGCCAUAUGAAUUAUUUAUAUCAAAUUUUUUAUUUUUGUAGUUUGUACAGAUGUUAGUCACUAGACUGAAGUUAUAUUUUUAAAGAGUAAAUAUAUUAUAAAUGCAAAUAUAUAUAUAUAAUUAUAUCUAUUUGUUGAUUUUGAAAUUUUUUUUGGAUGGGGUUUCUAAUAGGGUGGAGCGGGUGGAGUGGGUGGAGCUCUGAGGUCUUUAUUUGGUGCUGGAUAAGGAAACACCAGUUGGGUCAGAUGAAGGAGGCACCUGGUCUGGCUCACGGUGUCGCCUGGUGUAGAUUUAUUUGCCUUUUCCUUCUUCAUGUAAAGAUUUGAAGAAUUUCUGUUUUUGUUGUUGUCUAAAACACUGUGACCAGAAAACUAUGUGCGAGAAAACAAACACACACACACACACACACGCACGCACACACACAGCCAUUUUAUGACCAUUUUCCUUCACCCUUAAUAGGAAUUCAACUAACAAAAUAAAUGUUAAAAAUCCA